AUGGCUCAGAUGGCUAACGCGACAACGUCAAAGCCAUCCGCUAGCGACAUUGCCGCAUAUGACGAUAAACAACUUGAUAGAUAUCUAGAAGAGAAUGGGCGGGCCAAAGUCCAGUGCUCCACUCAUGCAAUUCAGUCACGCGCUGUCGACUUGGAUCAAGUUGCUGCGCGACUAAACACUGUCUCCAAUAACCCCAAACGAUCUGUUCGAAGAACUUCGCCCUCACCGACACCCCCACUGCCGGCGCAGGAAGAGCAAGAUCUUGAGGACUUGCAAGAAGAGAUCGAUGCUUACCCUGCGCUGAUCAAGGCUGGUGGUCGACCUCCUUAUCCUAUCCAUCUCCUCAAAGACAUAUUCGACCAUCCACAACGGUACCUUGCAGAUCCUCACUAUCGCGACAUCAUGACGUUCUGGCGAAGCCACGUCAUUUGUGAGGAGGAGCGGACGUUGUUGUGUUCUGGCCUGCUUUCAAGAUGGGGCGCAUUUCGUAGGGUUCAGCGGAUCAUCAGAGAAUGCGAUGUUAAGAGCGAGUGGACCUUGAUCCACGCGGCGGAUUGGGAUACAUGGGAGACGUUUGUUGAACACUUCGGUCCGAAGGAGGGCGAGUGGGGUUUCCCGGAGUACGCCAAAAGGAUGAAUAAGCGCUUAGUCAAAUAUGGAUUUACGCAGCCAUUUCAGCUCAACAGCGAUCUAUUACAACAAGACACACUGACGACCUGGAUCGAAUACCUCGGCUACGAAUAUUGGUUCUACGAUCAGCAUGCAAGCUACGUGAAACGUUUCCAGCGAGUGCAUGACAAGGCAUGGAAAAAGCUUGUCGACUCGGAUGCUUUGAGACCAGGGGAGACAAUCGAAGUCGUUUGUAACAUUGACUCUGUGUUUGACCGCGCUGCCGAAAACGAGAGGGCCAAGGAAGCAAGGAAGUACACGACCGCCGCGCUUUCUGCUGCUGAAGCAGCACUCGACAAGUUCUCCGCGUCUCAUAGCUUGCGACAAGCUAACGCAAGGCGACUUUUAGCCACCCAAGCUGCACGUGACACAGCAGAGGAGGACUACCAAUUGCUGAUGCGGCGACGCGACGCGAUUACCGACUUCUGUCAGCAGACAAAAAGAUAUCGCAAGGCGUACGACGAUGCAGAACACCAUGGUCAUCUACUCCGAUGGAUACUGCAGCAAGUUCUCUCCCUUGAGCGCCAGUCAAGUUUCGUGGGAAGCGACAAAGCCAGCGCAGGAUGUGAACCCACCAGCCAUGUUCUUGAAGUCACCAUUGCUGAAAAUGUUGAAGAACCACAGUGUUUUGACACGCCAUGCCCAGCCGUUUGCGGUGGCUCUGCACUACCCUUGGAGGAGCCACUGGCAAGGCCAUCGGCAUUUGCGUGCGGAAAGCGCAAGCAUAGUGAUUGUGAAGUCAUUAGUGUGCAGCGAAAGUCCAAACGAUUAAAGCUCACUGAUCAGCGUCAUCUCAGCACGACAUUAGCCACUGUAGCUUCUGAUGCAGUCCCCGUUGCGCUGACUACUCCCGAGAGUGUCACAGAGUCUGGCAGUGGCGGACAAGAGCUGGAGAAUACUACAGCCUCCCGGAGCUUGUGUUCGCAGCUUCACAGACCAUUACGCCGAAGCGCGAGGAUAGCGGAUCAGCGAGCGCUCUUACCCCGGAGCAUGCUCAAGAAGAUAGUGAAAGGAGCUCCAGCAAAAAUUGGGAAGAGGAUUGGUCUGGUGAGCGGGAGCGAGCGUACUACGUCACGUGCCGCCAGAAAGAGCACAAAGAAGGCCGAUGUGCACCGACCACACAUGAAGCGUUGUCUCAUCCCAGUAGAAUAG